GUAUCCAGGAGUUGAGAAUAAAUGGAUGGAAAAUGGAGAUGUUUCUUUAUAUGAUGACACCAGAGGAGGAGUCUUGAUGGUGUUCUUUAGAGAUCUGAAUGCUGGAGAUGCUGGAACAUACAGGUGUGGAGUCAAUGUAUCUCAAUAUACUGAGUGGUUUACUGAAGUAAAACUGGAUGUGAAAAAUGUGCCUCCAGUAUUUGGUCAUGAAGGAGAAUCUGUUGAGAUCAUCUGUCCUUAUGAUCCGAUCUAUAAAUCAAAGUCAAAGUAUCUCUGUAAGGGGAAGUGCUCCACUAGAGAUAGAAAUCCUCUCAUUGAGACUGUGACAGACCAGAAUGAGACCAAGACUGACAGAUUGACUCUGAAUGAUGACAUCACAGCAAGUGUCUUUACUGUGACCAUCACUGGACUGACAGCAGAGGAUGCUGGGAAAUACUGCUGUGCAAUGACAUUAGAAAGAGACGUGAAUUAUCUUUGCACUCAUCUGAUCAUUAUCAGGAAACAAGAAACCACUUCAACAUCAGACAAGAGAAAGAAGAACACAGAUAGAAUGUCAUCCUGUGCAGACAGCAGACGUGAUUCUCUCUCAGAUCCUUCAUCAACUCCUCUUUACUCUACUGUACAGUUUCCCUCAAACUCCUCUGAUGGGCUCCUGUAUGCUGCUGUCAGUUUCCACAAACAUGAAGAUUCUCUCACUGAUGAUACAGUCACAUUCAGGAAAGAUGAAAUUUACUCUGAUUAUUCCACUGUCCGCACGAGACUUAACUAACUCCCUAAUGACACAUAACAGAGCUCAGACAGUUAUA